GUGCCUAUUUGAGACACUUCUUUUCACGGCUCCCACCCACUGCUUUGUUUGACGAGUGAAAAUCAGUAAAUCUCUUCUAUUACACGUCAACCGUAUCAGUAAUGGCUCCCGGGAGUUGGGGUGUGGAUUUAUGGGAUCAGUGUGAUGCGGUAUUUAGGCAUUCAUCCGAUCAGAUCACUUCCACGGACAUGUUGCUUCGAUUACUAAUUGAAGUUCAGAAGCUGCAACAUGAUUUUGGGAAGAAACUUCGGUAUGUUAUUAUUUGUUUAAAUAUCAGUUGCUUUUUUAUAAAAACAGGAAAACCGUAACCUCUUACGUACCAAAGAAGAAAGCCGUUCCAGAGGAAACCACCUACAACACAUCUCUGGCCAACAUAAUUCAGAGUUUUGGUAACGUUGGCGCAAUGUACGAGAAAGGAUCGAAAGACCUGGCGGAUUGUGUGAUCGGCGGAUUGAAGGAAUUAUACGAUAACGAAAGGAAGCUGUUUGAUACUCACCGCUCGGCUCACUCUAGACUAAAUAGCACUCUGGAACAGAGUCGAAAACAGCUGGACGCAGCGUGGCAGAAGUAUGUGUUGGCCUAUAAGGAGAAGCAGAAGGCCUUUGAUAAUUCGAUUAAAGCUGACAAUGACAUGCAGCUCCCGCGAGCAGAACAACUGAAGGCUCGCAAGGCCUACACGGAUAAGAGUAGGCUGUUUGACCAAGUCCAGGGGCAGUAUGCUGAGGAGUUGUCCAAAUACAAUUCCAACCUUCGUCAGCAUUACAACAAAGGAGUGGUUCAGCUCCUGGAAGACAUCCAACUGAAAGCCCAAGAUCGUACAGACCGGACCAAAGAAUUGCUCACCAAAAUGUGCGAUAUACGCGAUGAUUUAUCCAAACAACUGAUGGAAGCGAAUCGCAUGGCUCGUGAAGCCAUUCAAGUGAUGGAUCCACUUAAGGACAACGAAGUUUUGAUUAGACGAUACAAAAGUGGAGAGAUUCCGCCCGUCGAUUUACCCUUCCUAGACUUGGCGCGUUGUCAGCCUGCUCUGUUUGACGGUCCCAUACAAUCAAUGGGCGCCUACCUGCUUGGCAUCGAUCCAUCACAGUCAUGCUCUCAGCUUUCCGCUUCGGGAAUUAACUCCACUGGCUCCACAGCCGGUGGUGGUUCUGGUGGGAUGCUCGGAGGAUUGAAGUUGGGGAAAGGAGCAAAAGAGGAGUAUGCCAACCUUAAGACUCCGUUCGUCUGCGACAUCAGCACCCGAGGUGUCAAAGAAAGUGACUUGACGGUGCUUCAACUAACGGAACGGCUCAGGGAUCUGGCCGAUUGUGUACAAAAGGCAAACGCGGAGAUUCAAGGGACGCAACGCCUGAUGGAUGCCUACCGAAACAACCCCGCCCUGGGAAGUAGCAAGACAGUUGAGCCCAAGAUUGACGUGCUGAAACAGCGAAUACACUCACUCCAAGAACUGAUCAAGCAACUCGAGGAUCGUUAUUCCAAAGUUGGAGGGGAUCAAGCACUUAGCGAGGCUCGAACGAAACAAACCAUGCUUCAGGGAGGCCAAUCGGAUACAGUUCCCCGGCCUCCUACACAAGUGGACAACUUGGACUCAGACAAUUCGUUUGAUUCUGACUUGGACGAAGCAGUCCCGAGUAAAGCACCUGUUUCACCUAACAAAAUACCAGCAGCACCCCCUCUGGCUUCUGUGGAUGAACCGGGGUCCACACCUUACGUUGGAUUGGCCACGGCAAUAUACGAAUAUGCAGACAAUUCGUUUGAUUCUGACUUGGACGAAGCAGUCCCGAGUAAAGCACCUGUUUCACCUAACAAAAUACCGGCAGCACCCCCUCUGGCUUCUGUGGAUGAACCGGGGUCCACACCUUACGUUGGAUUGGCCACGGCAAUAUACGAAUAUGCAGGUAGUGGCUCUUCAUACCUUGCUACGCGUCCAGGUGAACGUUUCCACGUCGUCCAGUUGGACACAGAUAAUACCGGUUGGACCUCUGUGAUUUCUGAGGACGGAUCCAGACAAGGCUUUGUCCCAACCUCAUUCAUGGACAUCUCAACCUAUUAAUUCAUGUUGUGCUUCCUCCCCAGUGGCCGUACAAAGAAACACUAGCUAAACCCAUUCGUUAGUCUGUGCUAUAACUUGUUCGCCAUCCACGGCGCGAUGCAAUCCCCUCAGCCACAUCGAGUUCAUUUUACAUACGUUCUCAUCUUGUUCGAAUUCAAGUACGUUCUCCUUAGACUAAAAACAGAGUUACUUGCUUACAUGAAUUCCGGCAACUGACUUACUCAACAUUAUUUUUACACUCGCUAACGUGCCUUGCUAUUUCUCCGCGCCCCGUCACCUCUGUUUGUGUCCCGUUCAGUUGCGUUUACCUACCACUUUUCUAUGUCAGUAAUCAUCAUGCGACCUCCGAUUUUCCCUUUACUUUGUUCUUCUAUAUCACCAGUCUUUCCGUCCUAAUCGCACGAUGCUGGUUGUCCCACUAACUUGUAUCAGGCCUCACACAUGCCCUGCCCUACAUGAUUUUCUCCUAUUUUGUGCAAACUCAUUCCAGGCCAAGGCCAGCACCACCGGAUGAAGUUUUCCUAAAAACUGAUCCGUCCUGAUUUUGUCGUUCGCAUGCUUUUGGUCAGUUGGUUAUCCUGAACGUGGUAUUUGCGUCAAACACUAUUGUUCGACGCUAUUGGUGGCUUUGGUGCGUUUCGGGCAAUGAAGUUGUUACAUCUGAACUUUCGGGAGUUUUCCUCUUAUCGGUGGAGUCGCAAAUCUCCCAA